AUGGCCAGCCCCACAACUACUUCCAAGCCCACAACCAUGACAUACCCAAAACCAUGGCCAAUCCCACAACCGAAACCAAAUGUUGCCGAGCCCUCAAAUGUUGCCAACCCCACAAAUGUGGCCAAGCCCUCAACCGUGGCCAACCCCUCAACUGUGGCCAGCCCCACAAAUGUGGCCAAGCACUCAACUGUGACCAACCCCACAAAUGUGGCCAAGCCCUCAACGGUUGCCAACCCCACAACCGUGGCCAAGCCCUUAACCGUGACCAACCUCACAACCAUGGCCAAGCCCUCAACUGUGACCAACCCCACAACCGUGGCCAACCCCUCAAUCGUGGCCAACCCCACAAAUGUGGCCAAGCCAUCAAAUGUGGCCAACCCCACAAAUGUGGCCAAGCCCUCAACCCUGGCCAACCCCUCAACCCUGGCCAGCCCCACUAAUGUGGCCAAGCCUUCAAGCGUGUCCAACCCCACAAAUGUGGCCAAGCCCUCAAAUGUGGCCAACCCCACAACCGUGGCCAGCCCCACAAAUGUGGCCAAGCCCUCAAAUGUGGCCAACCCCACAAAUGUGGCCAAGUCUUCAACUGUGGCCAACCCCUCAACCGUGGCCAGCCCCACAAAUGUGGCCAAGCCCUCAACCGUGGCCAGCCCCACAAAUGUGGCCAAGCCCUCAAAUGUGGCCAAGCCCACAACUGUGGCCAGCCCCACAAAUGUGGCCAAGCCCUCAAAUGUGACCAACCCCACAAAUGUGGCCAAGCCCUCAACCGUGGCCAAGCCCUCAACCGUGGCCAGCCCCACAAAUGUGGCCGACCCCUCAAAUGUGGCCAACCCCUCAACCGUGGCCAACCCCUCAACCGUGACCACCCCCACAAAUGUGGCCAACCCCUCAAAUGUGGCCAACCCCUCAACCGUGGCCAACCCCUCAACCGUGGCCAACCCCACAACCGUGGCCAACCCCUCAACCGUGGCCAGCCCCACAAAUGUGGCCAAGCCCUCAACCGUGACCACCUUCACAAAUGUGGCCAAGCCCUCAACCGUGGCCAGCCCUACAACCGUGGCCAGCCCCACAAAUGUGGCCAAGCCCUCAAAUGUGGCCAACCCCACCAAUGUGGCCGACCCCUCAACCCUGGCCAACCCCACAAAUGUGGCCAAGCCCUCAAAUGUGGCCAAGCUCUCAACCGUGACCACCCCCACAAAUGUGGCCAAGCUCACAAAUGUGGCCAAGCCCUCAGACCAACCCCACAACGGUGGCGAAGCCGAUUCAUAUGUGUACAUUGUAUCAACCCAUAUCUGA